AUGAAAGCUCCAACUCCCGUGGUUGACGAUUCUUUGGCCACCAGAUGGGCUGGAAAACCUUCGAGAUACAAGAAAUUUGACUCCAUAAGGCUAGAUACCAUCAUAACAGGACACUUGACUCAAGAACAAGCAGACGCCUACCAACAGUAUUUCAGAAUAGAAGAAACCUCGGCCAUUCUCAGAAUAGCGCAACAGCAACGAAAGCCCAUUCUCGGGCUACUUCCUUCUGGAAAUCUUGAACAGAAUCCCCAUUUCAAGCGAGAACCAUCUCCUCCUCCCAAGUAUGACAAUUUCGGAAAUCGUAUAAAUACCAGAGAGUUGCGCACUGUAGCAAUGCUCGAGAAGGAAAGAAACUUCUUAGUGGAAGAGGUAGCUAGUAGAAUCAAAAACUAUGUGCCACCAGCAGAUUAUAGAAAACCAGCUAAAACGGUAGAAAAGCUCUAUAUCCCCGUAAAGGACUACCCGGAUAUCAACUUUAUGGGUCUCUUGCUUGGACCCAGAGGUAACACCUUGAGACAGAUGCAAGAGGAGAGUGGUGCCAGAAUGCAGUUGAGAGGAAAGGGGUCGGUCAAAGAUGGAAAAUCGGCUACUGAUGAUGACGAUACCGGUGGAGAAAUGACGUCAACGUCGUUCUCAAAUCCUACUCUAGACUCCAACACAGAUGAUAUGCAUGUACUCAUAACAGCAGAUGCUCAACAUAAGAUCGCUAUAGCUAUCAAAUUAGCCAAUGAAGUGAUAGAAAAGGCCAUUUCUUCACCUGUAGGACAAAAUGAUUUGAAGCGAGGACAAUUACGAGAGUUAGCUGUGUUGAACGGGACUUUAAGAGAAACAAAGCCAUAUAACCCAGAGGCCCGUGUCCAGAGAAAAGGAUUAGAUAUCUCUCAAAUAGUAUGCAAAUCCUGUGGAGGCAUUGGUCAUUAUGCCAGAGACUGUAAACCUACUUCAGGAAUUGUUCCACCGCUACCUGUAGGAAUCAAACCUCCUGCUCCUCCACCUCCUCCAGCCACUGGAUUUCCACCACCACCACCACCUUCAGUUAAACCGCCACCACCACCUUCAGCAGCAAAACCUCCACCUCCACCAUCAGAAGUCAAAGUCCCACCUCCACCACCAGAAGUCAAAGUCCCACCUCCACCACCAGAAGUCAAAGUCCCACCUCCACCACCACCAUCUAGUUGA